GAAUUUAUGUUCUACACGUUAUACGCGCGUCUACACACUACACUCUCAAGGGCGUUUCAUAACCUUAUUCUGGAUUUCUCCGUGGCGCCGGUUGCGAAACUUGAGGUAACGUGUCGGUGAGAGGUUGGCGAAACUUCCUGCACCUACGAUCUUCGGUUUUGCGAAUUUAGGGUGUAUUAUUUAUUUUUAUAAUGUUUCGAUUAUUCGCUUCGCUGUGUACACGAAGUGGAACACUGGUUGUCAAUGCAACUAGUUCGCUGGCGAAAACUGACAGUACAUCGUUGGUGAGAAGUGCCCGUAAUUUCACAGUGAGUUCAAAACUAUUGAGCGAUGGGCCACAGGUUCAGAAACCCGCUCCGGAUUUCUCUGGUACCGCAGUAGUUAAAGGUGAUUUUAAGGAAAUCAAAUUGAGCGACUACAAAGGAAAAUACGUCGUUUUGUUUUUCUACCCAUUAGAUUUCACAUUUGUUUGUCCGACGGAGAUAAUCGCAUUUAGCGAAAAGGUUGCAGAGUUUGAGGCUCUGAAUACACAAGUAAUCGGAGUGUCGACAGAUUCCCAUUUCAGCCACUUGGCAUGGAUUAAUACUCCGAGAAAACAAGGUGGCCUCGGGGGAGACUUGGGCUAUCCUCUUUUGAGUGAUUUUAACAAAAGCAUAUCGAGUAAAUACAAUGUUUUGUUGCAAGACUCUGGUAUUGCUCUCAGAGGUCUCUUCAUCAUAGAUAAGGAGGGAGUUCUUCGACAGUUUUGCGUCAAUGAUCUUCCAGUUGGCAGGAGCGUCGAAGAGACGUUAAGGUUGAUCAAGGCUUUCCAGUUUGUCGAGAAACAUGGUGAGGUAUGUCCUGCCAACUGGCAGCCAGAUUCUAAAACCAUCAAACCGAAUCCAAAAGAUAGCAAACAAUACUUUGAAUCGAUUAAUUAAGCGUGCAUUUAGAGCUUUUGUUCAAGGGAUAUAUAUAUAUACAACAUGAUAGAUUAUAAUGUAAUAUAAUAUUAGAUUAUGGCAUGAUGUAAUGUAUAUUAUAGUUCCAAUAUAGUAGGAUUAAUGUUGCAAUUGAUUAUACAAAAUGAACAAAAUUUAAAGUAAUUAUAUACAUUUUAUCAUAAAACAAUAUAUCAUAUUUAUAUGCUCCUUC